AUGGCGCAUCAAACAACGGGCGACGAGAGUGUCGUCGUCAAAUUUCGCUGGCAAGACAGUGUGCGACGUUUGCACUUUGAGCGACUGCCGGAUAUUCAGGAAUUGGUGGCCCAACUCGAGGCCGUCACGAAAGCAUCCGCAGACCAAAUCACCUAUGUGGACAGCGACGGCGAUCGUGUGACCAUCGAUACGACCAUCGAGCUGCGUGAAGCCCGUCGUGAACUGGGUCAAAAGCUUGUUCUGGACGUGACCUUUGCGCCGGCGCCCGCCAAACGGAGCACCAUGCAGCUGACCGAGGAUGACCUGCGGGCUGCCAUCGCGGGUGUCCUCAGCCCAACUUUUAUGGCCGAUUUGCAAAACCAGGUCCUGCACGCUGUUUGGUCGCGUGUUCAACAAUCUCCCGAAAGCAGCGACGUAAGCGCAACGCCCGCGGCGGCCUUGGCCAACCAGGCGAGCGACAUGGCCGCAGUAUCUGCAAACGACGCGCCGAACGACUUGCCGGCCUCUGACAAUGACAACGAGCCAUCUGAUGACGGCAACUCGAAUUCCGAUGACUUUGAGCACAUCAACCUUGCUGAUGCCGAUAUGGAUUCGCCAGCGCUGGCUGAAGCGUUGGUGGACGCCGUGCCUGCCGAUGCCGUGAUUGCUGAAGCUGGGAGCGUCCAGACAACUACCGUUGCUGAGGAUGACAAGAUCACCACUGACACCAUGGCCAACGACUCCAAUCCCUCUACCGCCCCCGUGACUGCCCCCAUGACCGCUUCUACGGAGCCAGCCGCCCCUACUGAGCCAGAGAUGGUUGCUGCUGUCGAGCCUGACGCCGCCGAACCUGACGCCACUGCCUCUGCCACUGCCGAGACUGACGCCACUGCUGACGGGAGCGAGACAUCCUCUCGGUCGCAGCUGGCUGGUCAGUUUGUUGCAGAUGUUAACAUGGAGGACGGCUCAACCCUGAUUGUGGGUCAAGAAUAUGUCAAGCGCUGGCGCGUGCGCAAUUCUGGUAACGUUGCCUGGGACCCCACACUUGUCCUUUGCCGUCAUAUCGAAGGUGACUUCAUCCCGGCGCCCAAGGUGCCGGCCUGCGCCCCCGGUGAGGAAGUGAACAUCAUCCUGCCGCUCCACCCAAGCAAGCCCGGUCGCAUUUGGGCCAAAUUUGCUUUUGUCGUGGCCUCUGACCAGGCCCCCAUGGGUCUGCAAUUCUGGGUCGACCUCACGGUUGAGCCCUGUAAACUUGCCGCCGAGGUCAUUAAAGACCUGCCCAUGCAGCCAGAGCGCACGGGGCCCAACUCUGUCGUAACCAAGUUUUGGCGCCUGCGCAACUCGGGCAACACGCGUUGGCCCGAAGGCACUACGCUCUUCAACGGUGAGUUACAACAAAGCGGGUGCACUCGUGUCGUACCUCUGGCCGCGCCGGGCGAAGAGGUAAUGGCCUCCUUGACGCUACCAACGCCGAAAAUCAAGGGCAACUUCCGCAGCACGUGGAGUCUCAGCCUCCCAGACGGCACCCUGCUGCUGAAGAACCUCGUUGUUCUCGUCAAGAUUCGACUUGAUGCUCCCGUUCAGGUGGCCCCACCCACGGCUGCCAGUCAGACGGUGACAGAGACCUCGAGCCAGAGCACGACUGCUGCGGCCGCCGUCGCCGCAGGCCCCGUGGCUGCCGCAGCCGAGCCGUACCACGUACCCUCGAUGGAAUCGUCGCUCGUGGCCGGUGCCGUGGGCACUGGGACGCCCAUGCUCCUGCAACGGGAUCAAGUUGACGAGUUUGAAAAUGUGGCCGACGCCGAUGACAUCAUUUCAUUGGUUGACACAUCAUGUGACCCCGUGGAAGGCAUGGGUGAGUCCAUGUUGGACGAAGACAUGCACCACCUGAGCGUUCACGAGAUGCGCCCUUAUAACGAUGACGACUUGAUCUCCAUCGCAUCCGACUUUACCAUGGCCACCACUGCCGUGGGGGAUGCACGUGAUCUGAGCGAAGUGAACUUGAUGCUGCAGGCCGAUAGCGGCGAGCAGCAGGCCAACACUCAACCGCAGCAUGCGGACACGCCUUUGGCCAACGCCCCGACCAAGGCGAUGGAUGAGUCCGGGGAUGAGCCGCUCGCGGCGUCGAUUGAGCCUUCUGCUCCGACCUCAGCCGAGCCCGGAGCCUUGCCUGAGACUGAGUCGGCGGAGGAAUCACCGCGCCCAGCAGCCUGCUAUGUGGCCCCAUCGGCACCCGCGGCCUAUGGCCAGAAGCCUCAGGGCCCGUACGCCGAUGCUCCCGCAUAUCCCAUCACCGGUGCAACCCCGUAUGCACCGUAUGCUGCCGCCGUUACUGCGUCCUCCAAUGCCACCAACGCCUCGGCUUCGGCGCCAGUGCAGCAGCCGUACUUUCACACUCUUUCUUCCGGUGCCACAGCUGCGCCAGUGCAGCAACCAUACUAUUCUCCGAGUGCCACUGGAUACAGCGGCCCCGUGCCACCCAUGACAACGCCAACAGCGUCACACAUGGAGUCGGAUGCUGCCAUGGCGCGUGCCCUGCAGUUUCAAGAAGAAGAGGAUGCGCGCACUGAAGCGAAGCGUCGUGCCGAAGUGGCCCGCCGUGCAGCGGCCCAGGCCCCGCCCGCGCCCGCGCCUGCGCCCGCGCCCGUGCCCGCGCCCAUGGCACAAACGACUCCUGAUUUCCUCACCUCGGAGCAAGAAGACAAGCUGAACCGACUCAUCAACAUGGGCUUUUUCAAUCGCAAACGCAGUCUCGAUGCGUUGACGCGCGCCGAGUUCAACAUUGAGCAAGCCAUCGACCUGCUAGUCAGCGAAGAUGAACACGACGGUUCUUGGGCAGGUCGCCGCAACUUCUAACAUACUAUAAUUUUUGCUCUGCGAGCCAUAGACAGGUCGCAGCCGAUGACGUUGUGGCUUUUGUUUGUUUUUCUUAGCCAUGCAUCUUGAGCAUGUCCGUGUCCUCGAGCGAGUCUGCCGUUGCCCUCCUGUGUUUCGUGUUUGUUGUUGAUAUGACGAAUCCCUCUUCAAGUGUGGUUUCUGGCUGGCUGGCUUGCUCUUGUUUCGUGUUGGUCCUUGUGCGCUUCUUGCCCCGUUUGUUUUCCGCUGUAUUCGAGCUUGGAAUCGAUUGCGACCCACAUUUAUGGUCGCUCGCUCCCUCCUAGCAAUGGUUUCAAAGUCGAUUGUGCGUGACGCGAUAAUUCAAUCCGUGCUUUCUUU